GCAACAAGGAAGAGAAUCCUCUUUUGCAUUCUGCUUGCCAUGCGUCUCUAAUCCUCUUUCUGGCUCUGGUGGGACAAAGAUCUUACCUUGGGCUGUGCAUUCUCGUGAAUGGAAGUUGUUUGGGAUUGAAGCAAAGACCAACCAUUUAGUUUUUGGUAGAAAAGCGGAGGUCGAUCGACGGGAGACGGCGGCGGUGGUGUUGGUGGAGAAGAUGGGUUGUCUAUGAAGUGACUGUACAUGCGUUUAUUAGGUAUCGAUGGUGGUGGUGAUGGACUGAUGGUACUGGGGAGGAUGGACCCUCUGUGAAGCCACUACUCACACGUUAACCAAAAACAAAUGGCGGGGCUCAUCGGUAUUGGGAUGGCGGGUGCAACCAGCAGCUGCUUCUUUCUGAAGACCACCAAGUUGUUGAUCUCCCCUUUGAAGCGUGCUUCAUUAUCUCCUUUUCCUCCCUCCAUUCCGUUGUCCUCACGAUGCUUUUCUCUGUCGGCCAUGUUGGAUGGUGGUGUUGGUCCGGUCGAGUACGAGCCAGUUUCCCUUCAAUCUGGAAUUCAGACUCGCAUGGACGUGACUCAUAAAGGCUCAAAGGUGAUCCUCAAAGGAAUGGAAUUUCCUGAACUGGAGAGAUGGGUUCAGUCAUUUGGCUACAGGUCUGGCCAGGCUUUGAUGCUAUGGAAGGCAUUGUACAGAGACAACAGUUGGGCACAUGGAACUGAUGACUUGCAAGGUUUAAACAAAGAUUUCAGAGCAAUGUUAAGUGAAAAUGCGGAGUUCAAAACGUUGUCACUGAAGAAUAUUCACAUCUCAUCUGAUGGAACCCGUAAGGUACUUUUUUUGCUGGAAGAUGGGCUUACAAUAGAAACUGUAGUGAUUCCUUGCAGCAGGGGACGGACUACCGUUUGCGUCUCUAGUCAAGUGGGCUGUGCAAUGAACUGUCAGUUUUGCUACACCGGCAGAAUGGGCUUAAGGAGGCACUUAACUGCUGAUGAAAUAGUAGAGCAGGCUGUCUUUGUCCGCCGUUUGUUCACGAAAGAUGUUGGCCCUAUUACUAAUGUUGUUUUCAUGGGCAUGGGGGAGCCACUGCACAACGUAGAUAAUGUCAUAAAAGCUGCUGCAAUAAUGGUUGAUGACCAAGGCCUUCACUUUAGUCCUCGAAAGGUUACUGUUUCAACUAGUGGCCUUGUUCCCCAGAUAAAGCGCUUCCUCCGUGAGUCCAAUUGUCAGUUGGCUGUCAGUCUGAAUGCCACUACGGAUGAGGUUAGGAACUGGAUCAUGCCAAUUAAUCGAAAAUAUAAUCUGGCACAACUACUGCAGACUCUGAAGGAUGAACUCCAACACAAACACAGAUUCAAAGUACUAUUUGAAUAUGUGAUGCUUGCAGGAGUCAAUGACAGCAUUGAAGAUGCAAAGAGGUUGAUAACUCUCGUUCAAGGGAUCCCAUGCAAGAUCAAUCUCAUCUCUUUCAACCCUCAUAGUGGAUCAAAGUUUCAACCAACCAGCGAGGAGAGGAUGAUAGAGUUCCGAAACGUUCUUGCUGCAGGAGGCUCUGUAGCCUUCUUGCGGCUUAGCCGUGGAGAUGAUCAAAUGGCUGCCUGUGGUCAGCUUGGCAAACCUGGAGGUGUGCAACCACCUCGACUCAAACCUCCUGCACGAUUUCAAGUUGCUGGAUGAUGUGCAAAAUUCCCCUCAAGAUAUAGCAAUUGAUCGCUUGUCUUCAAACGGGGCAGACAUCUACUAACAAAUUUGUGUUCAUCUGCACAUAUCAAUUCCAAGUAAUUGGACCUGAUUCCCAUUUUUCAUGCAAACAAUGCAAACGCUACUUUUUGCACGGCGUAGAAUGCAGUAAAAUUUCAUUUUUUGUCA